AUGAUCCAGGAAAUACUGAAGUUACUACGCAGGGAGUACAUUCUCAUGAACAUAAUGCCAGCGGAAAGUGUACGACCUCGGUUGGACAGAUAUGCGGUGUAUUCUACCGACGACGAAAGACAAUCCGUUCAUUCCGAACGCAGCGAAAGCCUGACACUACAGGACUCCGGUUACGUCGACCUGACGUACGUCAAAGAGACAUGUCACACCGGAAACGGAGACUUUGUCUCCCCUUCGUCGCCGGCAAUAUCAACUACAACAACUGACAAGUGGGGUUCUUACUGGUCAAGGCGUGAGCGGUGUUGCUGUUUUUGUAAUUUUGUUAUUUCUAUCACCCUGGUUGUGUUAGCUACGAUUGUAGUGAUGGCUUCCAAAGGAUUGCUUGAGCUUAAACAGCAGCCCACUUCCGGUACAGCCGCGGAGAACCGGCAGUACACGUCCGAACAAGAAGCUAAUGUGGUAACGCGGCAACCUUGCACGACACCUCGAGCAACGGAACAAGCGAUAUGUUCGGACGACAAUUGUACCCGGCUUACUGCAGCAUUACUGAGCAACAUGAACACAAGCGUCAAUCCGUGUCAGGAUUUCUAUUCGUUCGCCUGUGGGGGUUACAAAAGGACAACUUUCCUCACAUGGGACAGUCCCAGAAUGCGCUCUAGCCCGGAUCUCGUUCUGCAGAAAUACUACGGCAGAAUCAUGGACAAUCUGGCGGAGGACGUGCAAUCACAUGACAGUAAAGAGGUCAAAGACAUCAAGAUGAUCUAUCAGUCCUGCAUCCAAUUCAAAGGCGCAUCUCAGGAUCAAGUAAUGAGUGUGGUGAGCGAUCUCGGUGGUUUCGAGUAUGGGCGUUCCCCGAGAUCACAUGACCUGGACCUGUCCUCUUUGUUGUCGUUAGCGUUGCUAAGAUACGGCGUGUCUCCAAUGUUCCAUAUUGACGUGACUCACGCGGGCCAUAUUGGGUUGACAAACCGGUUUUCCGAUAGAUGGUUGGCGGAGCGGCGAGAGGCAGGUCAAACGACACAGAGGUACCGAUUUUUGCUUCCAAGCGACUUCCUAAUGCGAAACGAGAAAUCAGAUCAGAUUCUUCAAUCGUACAAGAGCUUCAUUGGCGAUAUCCUUGCAUGGGCGCUUGGUGUCAGCGACUCGAUGAGGGAAGAUCUUGACUUCCGGCUGAUGGUUGAUGAUGUAUAUCAUAUUUGGGUAUACAUCCAACGGGCUUUCUACGAAGAGGAUGCGCCGGUCAAAGGAAGCGAUUUGUAUACGUGCGCGUCCCCUGUGCGUGUGGAGGAGCUCCAGUACCGAUACAACUACAACAUCAGCUGGAAUGUUUCUCAUAACGAGUACGCAUGCGCGAUACAUAUCUCGCGACACCUGUCGUUUCAUUACUUGUUCUCCAGUGAAAUACCUGCAGAAUUUAGUAACGCCUUGGGGCAGACGUUUAAGGAACUUGCCAGCAGUGUGGAAGCGAUAAUUCAAGAUUUAUAUUGGAUGCCACAUAAGCAAAAGCAACACUUACUGACUGUUCUAAACGGACUAUAUUUGCAACCGGAAUGGGUCGUAAAUGGUGUCAUCAUGAGGUUAGGACAAUUAGGGAACGUGUCUGACGAUUAUUGGCGCAAUAUGUUGUUGAUGACUGGUUACAGCUCCCGAAUGUACCUCGUUGGCAACCCGCAUAACCGCCUCUCAACCCAGGGAUCGAACAUUUUCUCUUUCAACGAUAAGGUGCUAGACGUUUCGUCGGCGAUCACUCAGCUUCCGUUCGUCGACGCCGGCGGGUUGGCCAGUCUCUGGUUCGGAUCCGUCGGCACACAGAUGGCUCAGAGUGUUGCGCAACUCUUCGACAUUGACGCGCUGUUGCGGUUACUGACGCAAGAGAAGAUUGACCACAGGGUGGCACUGACUCUCGCCUUCCGGUCACAGUGCCUUGUGGAGGAGUACAGCAAAUAUCAGCUCGCAUAUAGAGACGGACUUCCGGUCAUGCUACGCGGGGAUCUCACAAAGAGUGCGAAUUUCAAGGACGCUCUCGCGUUGAGAAUCUCGUACAACGCUUAUAUGAAGAACCGCAAGGAGGGCAAAGGUAUCCCCGGACUUCCGCUCUCGGAGGAGCAGCUGUUCUUUGUUUCCUACGCUCAGGCAAGCUUGGGGAUAUUUGAACAAUUGUAUUGUUGCAAAUUGUAUAACACUUACACAUUUUAUUUACUUCAAACUCAAGACGUUUAUGGAGGAAGCAUUGUCAUUUUAGCCGGGUAUAACUAG